AUGGCAGCUGACAGACUCUCUCCAGGCAAAUCUCUCACCGGAAACCAGAUUAUAACCUCCAGCGGUGACAGAUUUGUAUUGGGUUUCUUCACACCAGGUAAUUCUUCAAACUACUAUAUAGGAAUCUGGUACAAGAAGGUCUCCACCCAAACAGUCAUUUGGGUAGCAAACAGAGAAACACCUCUUCCCAACACUUCAUCCCAAUUAAGACUCACUGAAGAUGGAAAUCUAGUCCUCUUCAACCAAUCAAACACCCCAAUUUGGUCUUCGAAUUCAACCUCUGCAAACCCAAAUUCAACAGUUCUAGUUCUUCUAGACACCGGAAAUCUUGUUUUGAGAGAUGGGUCGAAUUCGACUGCUGAAAUUUGGCAGAGUUUUGACCACCCAACUGAUACUUGGAUGCCUACUGGAAAGGUUGGAUUGAAUAGAAUCACGGGCGUGAAUCAACGCCUUAUUUCGUGGUGGAGUAAAGAUGAUCCCGCACCCGGGCCUUUUUCUCUUGAAAUAAACCCAAAUUCAACCAAUGAGUUCCUUAUUCUGUGGAAUAGUUCUAAACAGUAUUGGACCAGUGGGGCGUGGAAUGGGCAGAUUUUCAGCUCGGUUCCUGAAAUGAGAGGCUUAUAUAUCUAUAAUUUCAGCUUUCAAGAUGAUCAAAAUGGGAAGUAUUUCAUGUAUUCGGUGUAUGAUAAUACGAGUCUUUUGAGAUUUGUAAUGGACACCUCAGGGCAAAUCAAGCAAAUGACAUGGUUAGAGAAUAGUAAAAAUUGGAAUUUGUUUUGGUCUCAACCAAGAGCUCAAUGCGAUGUUUAUUCUCUCUAUGGGGCUUUUGGUAGCUGCGAAGUGAAAGACCAGACCUGUACCUGCGUGCAAGGCUUUGAGCCGACGUCUGCGAAAGAUUGGAAUUUGAACGAUUGGUCUCGCGGGUGUGGUAGAAAAACCAAGCUGCAAUGUGGGAGUAAUAGUUCUGUCAAUGGGGAAAAAGAUAGGUUUCAGGCGAUGCCGGAUAUGCAAUUGCCCGAAAAUCAACUGUCUUUGCCGGUCGGUAGCCCCCAAGAAUGUGAAUCAGCUUGCUUGAGUAAUUGUUCUUGUAAUGCUUAUGCUUAUGAUAGUGGUUGCUUGAUUUGGAAUGGGAAUCUUAUGAAUCUGAGACAGCUCUCUGCCGGUGGUAGUAAUGGUGGGACUCUCUAUCUCCGUCUUGCGGCUUCUGAGUUUCCGAGUUCUAGCAGUAAGAAGGGAGUGUUUACUGGGGCUAUUGUCGGUGCCGUUGCUGGCAUAGCAGUCAUACUCCUCUGA